AUGGCGGAUUCGUUGCAGUCACAGAAGGUGAGUUUUUAAUUUGUUGAUAUUAACAUCUGUUGAUUUAUCCAUCGUUUAAUAUAUUUGAGUAUUUUUCUAUAAAUUAGAUUGCAUUCUUAAAAGUUGUUUUUAUAUGUAUUAUAUUCCGUAAUUUAUUUAAAUUUAUGUAGAAAAUUUAAUUUACAUAUUUUCAUUGAAAAAUUUUCAUUUUUUUUUCCAACCUCAGAAUUUUGAAAAAAUUUUCAUUUUUUUUUUCCAACCUCGGAAUUUUGAAACAAUUUUCAUUUUUUUUUCCAACCUCGGCAUUUUGAAAAAAAUUUCAUUUUUUUUUCCAACCUCGGAAUUUUGAAAAAAUUUUCCUUCUUUUUUCCAACCUCGGAAUUUUGAAAAAAUUUUCGUGUUUCCACACAAUUUCUCGUUUUACCAAUUUCCACUCGUGUUGAUAUUUAACAAUUAUUCACCGAAGGCGAGGUGAUUAUCGGUGAAUAAAAACCGAGACGAAGUCGAGGUUUUUAUUCACGAUAAUCACCGAGCCUGAGGUGAAUAAUUGUUUUAGUAUAAUUUCAUAGGUGAUUAUUUGGAAAAAGUAAAAAAAAUGCACAUUUCUUCGUCUUUUAAUUGACAAAACGGCUUCACCGCCAUUUUGAAAAUCGCUUAGGUGAUUAUCGCGUAAUAAUCACCUCAACGGUAACCAAUCAGCGUGGAGAAUUUUCAAUAAUCACCUAUGUAAUUAUACUAAAACUGUAUAUCAACACGGAAAAUGUUUUAUAUUUGUUAAAUAAUAAACUAUAUAAAAUAAACGUAUAAACGUAAGCGCCUGCGGUACAUUUAUGGAGUAUACCGCUUUAUAUUCAAAAUGGCUGCAAAACAGUUAUUUUUAAUAAAAAGUUAAAAAUAUUUUAUAUCGCUUUGAAUACAGAAUCAAUACAAACAGUUAUCGCUGGUAGACACUGUUUAUAUAUGUAAAGGUUAGUGACAAAUUCAAACCCGGCGUGCUCCCUUGAUGUGUAUUGUCUAUUGAUAAUUUUACUAAAGUUUGUAUUAAACGUUCCCCGGUACCGGGCAUUUAACAAAUACUUUUCCACCUGUAGCGGGGGAACAGGGGCGGAUCUAGGGGUCGUCAAACCAGUCACGCGACUAACGUAAAAAUUGCAAACUUAAUUAAAGUCUUAAAUAUUCGACCAAUAGUCCAGUUAUUUUUUAUCAUGCAGCGACACCUUAUAAUACUCCAGUAUCUAUUAUCAUGCAGCGCUAGCAAUUAACAUUCCAAUUGAACUGUAGUCCAGUGAUCAAAUUUCAUACAGUGGUUGAGCCGACGAGCUUAGUCAAGUCAAUGAGCAGCUGACAUACGCAAAAAAAAGUCAAAAUCCAGUGUUCUGAUUGGUCUAGACGCUUAUUGCCAUGGAAACAAGCGAUUUUUGCGAUUUUGACUGAUCUGUGGGGAGUUCUGACUGAUUUACAAAAGUCAGGGACGCCCCAUUAGUCGGAAUAUCAUUAAUAUUUGACGCGUGGUAAAUUCUUUCCGAGCGCGCGCUCAUUCGAAGUGUCAUGUUGGAGCUUUGUCGAAAGAUUCAAUUUAAAGAUAUCUACGGAAAAUUCGGAAAUGUCUACUGCUCAUUGGUUUGUAGUAUUUACGAAACGGUUCAAUCCGCAUUUGCGGUGAAUGAUUUAGCUGUCUUACAAGACUGUUGCGCUGAUCUUGGGAGGAAAAUCAACACUAAAUAUCGGAGAGUUCCAUUCAGUGAGCAGUUGCUAAGCGGCGUAAGCGCCACGAAUAGCACGAACUACAGUUUGACUGUUUGAGUAGAAGUAUUGGCGCCGAGAUCUUUAUUCUGAAGUGCAAUAAGGUAAAUUUAAUGUGAUAUGUAAAUUUUAUUUCGUUUUAGACAGCAUAACAAUAUUUAUAAGCGAACAAGAUGCACGCCAUGCAUAUAUAAAAUUGUAACUUGAAUACGCGUAUCUUGAUUUAGAUUUAGCUACGAAUUUUGAUUUACACAACAAAUUUGCAUAUUUGUAAUUCUGCGGUUGAAGGACCGUCAGAACUCAGAAGGCUAUUAAUAUGGAGGAUAACCUGGCUAUAUAAACGCAUUAAUGCAGUAUACAUAGGAUAUAAAGGUCAGGUUUUAUCGAUGAAUGUUAAGACUUUAGGCUAUUAAUAUUGAUAUAUGUUUGUUUGAGUAAUAUGACACUGUAGUGAUUACUAGUCAAGUGAUCAAUGAUUCAACAAGGCUAUUAGGCAACAAAAAUUAGUGUAGUACUAUCAUGAGAUAGUUAAACAUAAUACUAGCAAUGGCCGUAAUUUGAUAAAAUGAAACAUCUUCCACAAUUAUCACAUUUCUGCAAGUACUUCUCCUUUACUUUCCCUAAGGAGCGAGUUGUGAGAGUCAGUCAGACUGAUAGUUGCUAUAAUUAUCUCCCAUUUCAUGAAGUUAAUUUUUUGUUGAAGCUUCCUUUAAAGUGAUGCAAAUUGCGUUUCUGAGGUUUAAAAAUAUAAAAAUUCCUGGGGGACAACCCCCCCCCCCUAGGUGCCUCGCGCAUUCGCCGCUCGCGAAACUAGAUUGUACAUCCGAAAACUUUGACUAACGUACGAAAAAUCCUGGAUCCGCCCCUGCGGGGGAAAUGUGCCGGGAUUAACAAGGUGAUUUGUUAAAUUCCCCGCUAUGCCGCGCGGGUCGGGGGGCCGUAGUUUCAAUUGUACGGUGGCCCAUAGGGGACAUGCUAUAAAUUUAAAAUUUAACCUUCAGAAUUUUAUUUAAGGCCUUCAGAAUUUUAUGCAGGGCCUUCGGAGUUUUAUGUAGGACCUUCAGAAUUUUACACAAGGGCCUUCAGAAUUUUAUGCAAGGCCUUCAGAAUUGUACGUAAAGACUUCAGAAUUUUAUACAAGGGCCUUUCUGAAUUUUAUGCAAGGCCUUCAGAAUUUUAUACAAGGGCCUUCAGAAUUUUAUGCAAGGCCUUCGGAGUUUUAUGUAGGGCCUUCAGAAUUUUAUACAAGAGCCUUCAGAAUUUUAUGCAAGGCCUUCAGAGUUUUGUGCGAACUGUGGUAAAUCACGCGUGUCCAACGCAAAAUAUUGUCAUAACUGUGGAAGCAAAGUGAGUGAAAGUAAUGCCAAAGAAGUAAGUACACCAAAGGAAAACGGCGAAAGCAGCGGGGGAGACGCCAAAGUAACAGAAACAACUUCCGGGCGGAUGUCCUUUGCUCAAUUUCGAGCACACAAGGAAGAAGAUCGAGCAAAACAUUUCACCAAAAAGAAUGGGAAAAGGUUUAAGUUAGACAUCAAAGGUAAAGCAUCCUCAAAAGUGUUAACAUGCAAAAUUCAAAUUGGAAUUAUGACAAACAAAGACGGAGGUCUACGGGUUAAGAGGGGCAAUAGCGCAACUUUACCUCUGUCAGUGGCUGCAAAUAUUUCAUAUGACGAUCUGUUGACAAAAGCAGCAGAAAAACACCAUCGUUUUUUAAUAAAGACGUGAUUAAGAAUGAAGAAAAGAAAUUCUAUUGUCUUCUUUACGCGGACAAGACCAAAGCAGAGUCGCUGCCUGGCUCUGAUGAGCCGUUCACGUUACAAAGAUACAAGGAAGAAAUCGGAAAACCAUAUUCGAAGAUUGUUUUAUAUUUGUGCCGUUGGGCGGAAUAUUAUUCAGCACGUUUGAAUGAACUUUAUAGUUCGGGCAACGAAAACAGCGACGCCGAUGAGUCUGUUGAAAAGCAAGUAGAAAACAAAGAUAGUUCGCAAACA